AUGUCUGUGCAACAAACCCCAACCAACGGCUUAACCGGAAAAAUCUCUUCGCUUGAUAUGUCCAACGUAAAAGGCUCUUCAUUGACUGACAAAUUGGCUGCUGAAGCCGCCAUUAAGGAUGCCGGUACUUCUGUCGAUUCGCUUGCUGGAAAGCCUGUUGGUAUCGUUCGUCCUGCCCACAUUAAGGAAGGUGGAGCAGAGGAAGCUGCUAAGGUUGAGAAGGAGAUUCAGGCUGCUACCAUUGAGCAUGCUGAGUUCUUGGCCAGCCACAAGGUUCACCGUCAUCAGUUGAAGGCUCAAGAGAAGGACGAACCACUCUUGGUGGAGAACAAGAGAAGAUUUGUCUUGUUCCCUAUUAAGUACAACGAGAUUUGGCAGAUGUACAAGAAGGCUGAGGCUUCUUUCUGGACCGCCGAGGAGAUUGACUUGUCCAAGGACUUGCACGACUGGAACCACCGUAUGAACGAGAAUGAGAGGUUCUUCUUGUCGCGUGUUUUGGCUUUCUUCGCUGCCUCUGACGGUAUUGUCAACGAAAACUUGGUGGAGAACUUCUCUGCUGAGGUCCAGAUCCCUGAAGCUAAGUGUUUCUACGGUUUUCAGAUCAUGAUGGAGAACAUUCACUCCGAGACCUACUCGUUGUUGAUCGACACCUACAUCAAGGACCCUCAGGAGGCCGACUUUUUGUUCAAUGCCAUCGACAACAUCCCAUGCAUCAAGAAGAAGGCCGACUGGGCUUUGAGAUGGAUCUCUGACGACGAGGCUUUGUUCGGUGAGAGAUUGGUGGCCUUUGCUGCCGUGGAGGGUAUUUUCUUCUCCGGCUCGUUCGCAUCUAUCUUCUGGUUGAAGAAGAGAGGCUUGAUGCCUGGUCUUACCUUCUCCAAUGAGUUGAUUUGCCGUGACGAGGGCUUGCACACCGACUUUGCAUGCUUGUUGUUCUCGCACUUGAAGAACAGACCUUCGCAAGCCAUUGUGGAAAGAAUCAUUACCGAGGCUGUUAUCAUCGAGAAGGAAUACUUCACCGACGCUUUGCCAGCAUCUUUGUUGGGUAUGAACUCCAAGUUGAUGUGCCAAUACGUCGAGUUUGUCGCCGACAGAUUGCUUGUGGCCUUGGGCAACAAGAAGGUGUACAAUGUGACGAACCCAUUCGACUUCAUGGAGAACAUCUCGUUGGCUGGUAAGACCAACUUCUUCGAGAAGAGAGUGUCGGACUACCAGAAGGCUGGAGUGAUGGCCAAGUCCGGCGACGCUAAGAGCAGCAACACCUUCUCGUUCGACGAGGACUUUUAG